UUCAUCCAACUGCUGCAGUUAGAUUCUCUUAUCAAAUUACCUUUGAACCUAAUUGAUAUUAGUUCAUGUUACAUGAAGAAACCUGGUAUGCUAAUGCUCAGAGUUCCUAAAUCUGGAAAGCUUCAUAAGUGCUCAGAAUGUGCUUAUUCCACAUAUCGAUCUGACCACAUGCAAAUUCAUUUAGCAAGACAUGCAGGUCUGAAACCUUAUCAGUGUGACACUUGUGGAAAAGAUUUCACUACAAGAAUGGAGUCCUGCUGUUACCCAGGAGGAAGCUCCAUCAGUGUUAUUAUUGCUUAGGGCUCAUAACCAGCUGUACUAAAUUUUUACCAUCCAGCAAAGCAAAAAAACUACAUCAGUGUGGGUUUUGUUCUUAUUUUUCACUCAAAAAAAGUCAUCUGGAAUACCAUUUACUGACUCAUACUGGAGAAAGACCUUUCGCUUGUGGAAUCUGUUCAAAAGCUUUUAGAACCAAAGGAAACCUCAAACAGCAUUUAUUUACUCAUUCUAGAGAAAGCAUUUCAUUAUGUGAUUGAGAAGGAAAGCUAGUUUCACAAUUUUAUAUCAGAAGUCAGACAUCAGGUAGAUCGAGAAAAUUACAUCAUUGUAAUAUCUGCUUUUACACAACUUCUAAAACAACCAACUUGCAAAGGCAUUUAUUGAAGCACACUGGAGAGAGACCUUUCAAAUGUAACAUCUGCCACAAAGGUUUCUCUCAAAAGGUGACUCUUCACAGGCAUAUGAUGACACAUCCAGAAUGUGAAAUGUACUUUGAAGUCAACAAAUUAAUUGGAUGAAUAUAAAAAAUUUUAUGAGAAAUAUCGUCAUUUCAGUUUUUGCUUUUAAUUUCAUUUUCGAUGUGCCGAAAUAUACAGUAGUGUCUUGAAAAACUCUGGGCAAAUUUUUUUAAAGUUUUUUUAUUAUGUAAGAUAUAUUUUUAAAGAGUUUGAUUUUUAUGUCCAGCGUUGUCUUA